GCAGGAGGGAUUGGCUGAGAUGCUGGCAGGCGUGUGAGCCAAGCCUGCUCUCUUUCUCUCCCUUUCUCUUUCAGCAUCCUUCUGUGAUACUGUAGGUGAUAUGGAUACAGCAGCAUCCAUGGCCUGCUUUUUGCCUUAGCAUUCUUUUUCAUUUUGCUCUGGCUGAUGUACAAAUCAGGGAUCUAAAGCAUUUAUUUUAAGGACUUACAUUAAGCAUCUGGUAACUGGAAUAGAAUUUUCCUGUAUUUUUUCAGGCUUCUUGGAAAUUGAGGAAUGCAAUUCUGCCACCAUGAUGGAAGGAUUGAAAAAGCGUACAAGGAAGGCCUUUGGAAUACGGAAGAAGGAAAAGGACACUGAUUCCACAGGAUCACCAGACAGGGAUGGAAUUAAGAAAAGUAAUGGAGCUCCAAAUGGAUUUUAUGCAGAGAUUGACUGGGAAAGAUAUAAUUCACCUGAGCUUGAUGAAGAGGGAUACAGCAUCAGACCAGAAGAACCAGGCUCUACCAAAGGAAAGCACUUUUAUUCCUCAAGCGAAUCAGAAGAAGAAGAAGAGUCACACAAGAAAUUUAACAUUAAGAUUAAGCCUUUACAGGCUAAAGACAUUCUUAAGAGUGCAGCAACUGUAGAUGAAUUGAAAGCAUCAAUAGGCAACAUUGCACUUUCUCCAUCUCCAGUGAGGAAAAGUCCGAGGCGCAGCCCGGGUGCAAUUAAAAGGAAUUUGUCCAGUGAAGAGAUAGCAAGACCUAGGCGUUCAACACCAACUCCAGAACUUGUAAGCAAAAAAGCCCCAGAUGAUCCUUCAGCCCUUGCCCCACUGUUUGGCCCACCACUGGAGUCAACAUUUGAGGAACAAAAGUUGGAAGCUCCUUUAGAUCAGACAGAGAUAUGGGGUUCUGUCCAGCCAGUGAAUUCCAGUCUAGAUUCUCCAAAGCUACCAAGACCUUUUCCAACUGGAACACCUCCACCACUUCCACCAAAAAACAUUCCAGCUACACCACCUAGGACUGGUUCUCCCUUAACAGUUGGAAUAGGAAGUGACCAGACAGCAACAGAGGUCAAAAGUGACAAACUACCAUCAAUCAAUGACUUGGACAGCAUUUUUGGCCCAGUAUUGUCCCCCAAGUCUAUUGCUGUUAACGCAGAAGAUAAGUGGGUCAAUUUUUCUGAUCAAUCCCCGGAAAACGUAACAGCAGAGUUGACUUCAAGGGAAAAAGUGGUGUCCCCACCUGUGGCAUCAGAUAUCCCAGCUGAAUCUCCAGCUGUUGAAACCUCCCGCAAUGUUCCAUCACCUCUCAAUUUAGAAGAGGUUCAGAAGAAAAUUUCUGAGCAAGCCCACCUUAAAGAUGAUAACUUAGAAACAACAGCAUCUCCUAAAGAUUUUGGGUUGGGACAGAGAGCUACACCACCUCCCCCUCCACCACCUACCUACAGAACAGUGGUGUCAUCACCUGGACCCAGCCCUAUCAGUGGCACAGGCAGCACCAGUGGUUCUUCAUCUCCGGCUCGCCCAGCGACUCCAUUGGCUGCCUGCAGCAGCCCCACGCCGCCGCCGCCUCCACCUCGGCCCCCAUCUAGGCCAAAACUGCCUCCAGGGAAGCCUGGAGUUGGCGAUGUGUCCAGGCCUUUUAGCCCUCCUAUUCACUCAUCCAGUCCUCCUCCGGUAGCACCUUUAGCCCGUGCUGAAAGUACUUCUUCCAUAUCAUCCGCCAAUUCCUUGAGUGCAGCCACUACUCCCACAGUUGAAGAUGAUGCUUUUAUUGACAAACUGCCCACGUUUGAAAGGCGCUGUGAAACGCCUGCAGAGAAUGAACAGCCUUCCCUCGUUUGGUUUGACAGAGGAAAGUUUUAUUUGACUUUUGAAGGCUCUUCUAGGGGACCCAGUCCAUUGACGAUGGGAGCACAGGAUACCCUCCCCGUAGCGGCAGCAUUCACAGAAACUGUUAAUGCAUACUUCAAAGGAGCGGAUCCUAACAAAUGUAUAGUGAAGAUAACUGGAGAAAUGGUGCUGUCGUUUCCUGCAGGAAUUACCAGACAUUUCGCCAAUAAUCCAGCCCCGUCUGUUCUAACCUUCCGUGUGAUAAAUUACAACAGGUUAGAACACGUCCUGCCAAAUCCCCAACUUCUCUGCUGUGACAGUACACAAACUGAUACCAACACAAAGGAAUUCUGGGUAAACAUGCCAAAUCUGAUGACUCAUCUAAAAAAAGUGUCUGAACAGAAACCACAAGCAACAUAUUACAAUGUGGAUAUGCUCAAAUACCAGGUAUCUGCCCAGGGUAUACAGUCUACUCCAUUAAACCUUGCAGUGAGCUGGCGGUGUGAAUCUACAAGCACUGACCUUCGCGUUGACUACAAAUAUAAUACAGAAGCAAUGACUACACCAGUAGCUCUAAACAAUGUCCAGUUCCUAGUUCCCAUAGAUGGAGGAGUAAUGAAAGUUCAAGCUGUGCUUCCACCUGCUGUUUGGAAUGCUGAACAGCAAAGAAUAUUGUGGAAGAUUCCUGAUAUCUCUCAAAAAUCAGAAAAUGGAGGUGUGGGUUCUUUGCUGGCAAGAUUCCAGCUAUCUGAAGGACCAAGCAAACCUUCGCCAUUGGUAGUGCAGUUUACGAGUGAAGGGAGCACUCUCUCCAGCUGUGAUAUCGAACUUGUUGGAGCAGGAUACCGGUUUUCACUCAUUAAAAAGAGAUUUGCAGCAGGAAAAUACUUGGCUGAUAACUAGUAGAAGCUUAUGCAAGUAUAUGGAAAAUCCAUAUAACCAAGGACUUCUGUGUGGAACGGGCUUGAAUUAUGGUUUAAGGGAAUGAACUAAAUCCUGCACUUGGGGCACUUCUGUUGGAAGUGUCAGCGACUUUCAGCAUUUUUUCCUGAGAAGACACCGUCUUGACCAGUCCUACAGUAUUUACUUCUAGAUGUAACAUUGUUAAUGGUUUUAAAAUGUAAUUAUUGUAUUUGUAAAUUGUACUCAUUCCAGUAAGGCUGUAUUUUGGCAGUUAGACACUUGAGUUUUAGAAUUUUACCAUUCAUGAAAUGGAUGUAAUUUAAACUGUGGUAUACAAAUUUAAUAGUAGUACUGUUGAAUGGCACAAUGCUUACAGAGGUAGAUUACAUUUUGUCAAUAUAUAUACGAUUUAAAUACAAUACUGGUAGCUGUUAAAAUGGGGGUGCCUCAUGAAAAAAAGAGAGUUAAAGAGAACCUUCAAACUGAUUUACUUUUUCUUCAGUCCUUAGUAUGUCUUAUAAUAGUGCUAAAUAAAAGCACUAUCUUCAUUUGUUUAGCUGGUUUAACUCCAAAAGAAUAUUUUAAUAAAUGCUGAGGUUCUAACAUAUUUUCCCCCCAAAAACCCCAAUCAACCCAAAUACUAAAACCCAAUGUCCAUACUUCUUAAAAUACUUAUUUCAAACUUCAUAACAAAUAAUGCAACUUUUCCAAACACUAUCUUCUACUUUUAUGGACUCUUGUUUCUUCUCAAUAUUCUAACACUUCACAAAUGUAUAGAUUCUUAAAGAAGCAGGCCGUUUAAGACUCCGAGCCUACAGGAGUCUGUAUGUCCACAGAUAGUAAUUGUAUUAAAGGGCACAUUUUCAGCAACCACCUCCACUUUUGCAAUGCUGUUUUUUAGGGAAUUUUGGAGCACUCUAUGCAAGAUGCUUCACUGACAUGUAAGAAAAGUUCCUUGUCUCAAUAAUCAAGAGCCUGAGCAAGCAAGCAACCCCCCCACAAAGAUAACGAGAGAGAGAGAAUGCAAUAUAACCCUACUAUGUAGCCCUGAUACUGCACUUCUUAUCCCUAGAUCAUAAAGUGCUUUAUAUAAGUGAAGAAGGAUUUAGCUCUAUUUUACACAUGGAGAAGUUGAGGCACUGAAAAUUUAAGUCCUGCCCAAGGUGACAGAGUUGAGUCAAUGGCAGAGUCAGAAAUAGAAUACAGGUCUCCUAACUCACUGUCUUUUAUUUUGUCAACUGGACGAUUUUGUGUUGUGCAAAGACUGAGUAGUUACAAUGGUUAUAUUUCAAAUAUUUUGAACUGAGAGAGCUAACUCCUGUGUCUGUAGUAGACCAGACCAGUAGAACCAGUAAAAGCUUUUAAAGUGCUCCCACUGCAUAUUUGUCACACAGCUUGUCAGGUCUGUGGUUUUAUUUAUUUUAUAUAUUCAUUUAUUUUGGUAAUCAGUGUUAAAAAAUGCUAGAACUGUAAUGUGAGCUAAAUUACAAUAUCAUAAAGGGAAACACAAAAAUGAGGUUAACAGUUUGGCAGCUAACUGUGCCUAUUGUCUAUUUUGUGUGCACAAUGUACACAUUUAUACAUGCAGAUCUUAUACCCAGUUUUCUCAUUUGCAUAAGAAAAUAACUGUACUUGGGGGAAAUAGUUGCAUGCGUAACAGUAGGUAUUUAAAAUUGGAGUCUGUGGCUGAAAAUUUGGCCCUAUAUGUUUCUUCAGAGAUUGGCAUAGUCAAUUUCAGUUCCACUAUACUACUUUGUGCUUGUGGAACUGAU